CUCGGUCACUAAGAGAGAGGAAGUUAGUAACCCUGACCACUUUGAGGCACACAGGUGUUCUAGAUUCAAUGAAUGGACCUUUGAUGAAGCUAUGAUUGACCUCGGGUUCAUUGGCCAAUGUUUCACCUGGAAAAGAGGGGAUCAAAGUGGCACUAAAAGAGUGGGUUUAAAUAUCAAGGGGCGUGGGUCACACAUCCCAACUUCCUCGACAUGAUUCGAAGAACAUGGAAAAAAGAGGAAAAUGUUUGGGAGAACUCCAAGAAUAUGGCUACUGCUUUUGCUGAAUGGAACCGUGCAACCUUUGGGAAUAUCCACCAAAGAAAGAAGAAUUUGAACAAGAGAUUGGAAGGGGUGCAACGAGCUUUGGACAACAAGCACCAUCCGAGUCUUAUCAAACUGGAGAAGAAGCUUCGAAGGGACCUCGAUAAUACACUUCAUCAAGAGGAAAUUUUCUGGUAUCAACAGUCUAGGGAGGAGUGGAUCACCUCAGGAGAUCUGAAUACAAAGUAUUACCACACUAUUGUCAAUAUAAAAAAGGCCCGAAGACAGAAAAUCCAGCUCAAAGCGGAAGAUGGUUCUUGUCUUAGUGACAGCGAUAUGGAGAGAAUAGCAAAUGAUUAUUAUGGAAAUAUCUUCGCUAAGGAAGGUGAAACUGAGCUUAGUGCAGUUCCGAAAGGCAAGUUCCCAAUUAUUGAGGAAAUUAAGGAAAUUACUGGUAUAGCUGGGAUACCUCAUGUAACGCCCCAAAACAUGGUCUAAAAGUUAUUCUAUUAUAAAAGUAUUUUUAGAAACCAUAUUUUGACUCAACAAAGCAUUAUUUCUAUGUUUGACCAAAAAUGAAGGAAUUUUUGGAGUCAAUGAUUUUUGUUAAGAUUGACUUUUAUGGAUAGGUCUCGAAGAGACGAAUCCAACAGUAUAUUUUAUGAAUAAAUCUGAUGUACAGAG